AUGGCUGCGCUGGAGGGCGACAAGCUCGGCGAUUACGUCGCCGUGCUCAAGGCCGAGGCCGAGGCCAACGGCGAGUUGCCCAAGGUUGAAAUCAAGUGCGACCUGACCUACACCCUCAAGCUGCCCGCCAGCAAGGUGGACCGAACCAUCGUCACCGUGCCCGAGGUGUUCGCCAGCGCGGCGCUCGCCCCGAUCCGAGGCGUCGCCGGCGCCCUGGGCGCGGCCCCAAAGGCGGACUCCGGCGACACGAUCCAACACUUCAAGGUGCUUCAGAACGUCACCGGCACCUUUCGCCCCGGCGAGAUCACCCUCGUGCUCGCCCCACCCGGCCACGGCAAGACGUCGCUGCUCAAGGCUCUCGCGCAUCAGCUGCGCACGGGCAAGAUCGGCGAGGUCAACGGCGCGGGCGUCACCUACAACGGACUCACCGCGCAGGAGCUGAACGAACGCGGCGUCGACGUCGCCAGGCUCGCCGCGUACGUCGAGCAGGUGGACACCCACCUGCCCUUCAUCAACGUCGGCGAGACGGCCAAGUUUAUCCACGACAACGCGACGCCGACGCCGACAGACCCGUCGCUCCACGCUCGCAAGCUGAAGGCGGUGACCAACCUCCUCGCGCUCGAGGGAUGCGUUGACACCAUCGUGGGCAACGACUUGGUCAGGGGGGUAUCCGGCGGGGAGAAGAAGCGCGUCACCAUCUCCGAGGCGCUCGUCACCAACGCCAGGGUGCUCUGCAUGGACGAGAUCUCCACCGGCCUCGACGCGGCUGUGACGUUUAACAUCGUCGCCGCGCUCAAGGCGUGGGCGAGGACCACGGGCGGAUGCGCGGUCGUCGCCCUGCUGCAACCCACCCCAGAGGUGUUCAACCAGUUCGACAACCUCAUGUUGUUAAGGGAGGGCGCGCCGGUGUACCACGGCGCGCGGGACAAGGCGGCGGAGCACUUCAAGUUGAUUGGGUACGCUCCGCCGCCGCCCGACGGCGGCGAGGACAUCGCGGACUGGUACGUCAACCUCGUCGCUCAGCCCGGUAAGAUUUACUCCAGGUCGGGUUUGAAUCCGGGGGCGAAGGAUGCGCCGGUGACGACCAAGGCGCUCGCCGCGGCGUGGCGCGCCAGCCCGCUGUGCGGCGAGCAGGAGAAGACCACGCGCGACGCCUCCGAGCUCGAGUUGAAGACUGAUUUUGCGAUGAAGCAGUACGGCGUGGCGGGGUGCCACUCCCAGUGGCAGCACUUCAAGUGGGUGCUCGACAGGCAGCUUAAGGUCACGAUUCGUAACAAGCUGUUCGUGACCGCGAGGCUGGGCGCCGCGGUGAUGACCUCGCUCGUGCUGGGCUCGGUGUGGUACCAGCUCCCGAAGGAGCAGGGAUUCGAGAAGCUCGGCAUGCUGCUGUUCUGCAUCCUGCACAUCUCCUUCUCCAAUUUCUCCGAGCUGACGUUCUCGGUGGAGCAAAAGUACGUGGCGUACAAGCACGUCGACGGGCGGGUCUUUCCCGCGUUCACUUACAUCGCGGCGUGGGGUCUGAUCCACCUGCCCAUCGCGCUCUUUGAGACGGCGGUGUUCUCUCUGGUCCUGUACCCGAUGGUUGGACUCGUGCUGGAGGUUGGCCCGUGGCUGUUCUUUUACUUCAACCUGGUGCUGGCCAACGUCGCGAUGGCGUCCUUCUUCCGCAUCGUCGCGCUCCUCGCGCCGAACAUGGAGGCGGCGCAAACCUUCCCCGGGCCCGUCAUUGCCGUGUUUAUCAUCUUCGCCGGCUUCCUCAUCACCCCGACCAAGAUGGGUUUCCUCUCGUUCAUGUACCACGUCUCGCUGUUCGCGUACGCGCUCAGAUCGCUGUGCCAGAACGAGUUCCUCUCCUCGUCGUACGACAAGGUGACUCUCUGCGCCAACGGAGCUUUCGAGUGCAGCACCAUGGGCGAAGCCAUCAUGAAUCAGAUCUCCAUCGACGACGACAGCUCGUACUACUGGGGCGGUGCCAUGAUGUGCGCCGGGUUCUGGGCCCUCUGCUUCGUCGGAUCGCUGCAGGCGCUGAAGAAGGUUCGAAUUCAGAUGAACAUUGGAUCAUCUCGAGCGGGCACCGACGCCGAGAUCGAGGCGGCGGCCAAUGAGACGUCCGUCACCAUCCCCAAGUCCGCCUCCAAGGCCUUACUCACCGCAGAGGACGUUCACAUCGACCAGAAGAACAUCGAGUUCGUUCCCAUGUCCAUCGCGUGGAGAGAUCUCGAGUACACGGUGAACAUCGCGAAGCAGGCUGGGGGUGGGACCAAACAGCUGCUCCAGUCCGUGACGUCAGCGGCGCGCCCCGAGCGCCUCCUCGCGCUCAUGGGCGCGUCCGGCGCGGGCAAGACCACCCUUCUCGACGUCAUCGCCGGUCGCAAGACCGGUGGCGUUCGCAAGGGUACCAUUAAGCUCAACGGUCACGAGGUUGAGAAGCAGACGUUUGCCAGACUCACCGCGUACUGCGAGCAGAUGGACCUUCACAACGAGUUCGCCACCGUCGAGGAGGCCCUGGAGUUCUCCGCUAAGCUUCGCCUGGGAACCGAGGUGUCCACAGCGCAGCGUCGGGGCUUCAUCGAGGAGGCGCUCGACAUCCUGGAGCUCAGGCCCGUCGCCGGGCGAAUGAUCGGCGUGAGCGGUAGCGCAAACGGACUCUCGCCCGGUCAGCGAAAGGUGCUCACCGUCGCCGUCGAGCUCGUCUCGAACGCGCCGGUGUUCUUCCUCGACGAGCCCACGUCCGGACUCGACUCCCGAGCCGCGCUCAUCGUCAUGACUGAGGUGAAGAAGGUGGCCAACAUGGGCCGCACGGUCAUCUCCACCAUCCACCAACCCAGCCGCGAGAUUUUCCUCAUGUUUGACGAUUUACUCCUGCUGCAGCGCGGGGGUUGGCAGGUGUACUUCGGCCCGCUCGGUCCGUCCUCGGCGUCGACGUUCGUGGCUUACAUGGAGUCACUGGAGUGUACGCGGGGUAAGAAGCUUCCCGCGGGGAUGAAUCCCGCGUCGUGGAUGUUGGACGCUGUCGCCGCGUCCGCGGAGCUUCUGGACGGCGCGGAGCUGGAGAGGCUGUUCAAGGCGUCCGCCGCGGGCGCCGCCGCGAGUGAGCUCGUGGAAGAGGCGGCGACGCCAACCCCGGGCGAGAAGAUGUUCUCGUUCGCCUCCCCUUACGCGAGAUCGUUUGGCACGCAGCUGUGGACCAUCCUCGUCCGCUCUCACCGGGCGCACCUCCGCGACGUGGCGUACAACUGCGGUCGCAUCGGCGUCCUCCUCGUGCUUUACAUCCUCUUCGGCAUCAUUUACUUCGACCUGGACACGAGCGACGAGGGUGGCGUGCAGUCGAUGGUCGCGGUGGUGUUCAUGACCACCAUCUUCACGGGCAUCAUCUGCAUGAACGGAGUCAUGCCGGUGCGAGUUCGCGAGCGUUCGGUGUCCUUUCGGGAACGGUCCAGCUUCAUGUACGACGGCGUCCCUUACGCCAUCGCGCACGCCAUCAUGGAACUCCCGUGGGUGGUGCUCAUAUCGUUCGUCACCACGCUGCCGCUGUAUUUCCUCGUGGGGAUGGUUCCCACCGCGGGUUCCUUCUUCUUCCACGUGCUCAUCAACGUCUUGGUUUCUUACGCGUUUCUGUCGUUUGGGCAGAUGGUGGCGUGCGUGUGCUCCACGAUCCAGACCGCGCAGGCUGGGACGAGCGCGUUCAUCCCCAUCGCGUUCCUUUUCGGCGGCCUCUACCUGCCGUUCCCGCAGAUCCCGGUGUACUGGCAGUGGGCCUACUUCAUCAACCCGGUGGCGUUUGCGAUUCAAUCCGUCAUCGCGCCGCAGUUUGAGCGCCGCGGGUGCACCGGCCCUUACCCGACCGGAGACUGCCCAUCGAUCACCGCGUUCAGGGGCACGUACUUCGAGCAGAUCGACACCCUGAACUACGUCGAGACCAAGUACGACAUCACCUACGAAGGCCGGUGGAUGGCGGCGGUUUACCUCGUGAUCUUCUGCCUCGGCGCGCAGGCGCUUCAUGUCCUGGCGGGCAAGUACGUCAACACGGUGAACCGCUGA